CUUCCACAAUGGCGGCUUGCGGCGUGGGAAUGUUGGCCCGUUCGCCCCUGUGCUCCCGGACAAGUCGAGUCCUGCGUCCCGUUUUCAGGCGUCUCAAUUGUCCAGGACCUGUGGCCGCGGACCUCAGUAGAGAAGAGCAGCCUCCGGGGAGCGUGGAGACAGGCUCUGAAGACAAGAUUCCCAAAAAGAGGUUCUCUGAGGUGCAGAAAGAAAGACGAGAACAAGCACAGAGGACUGUUUUAAUACAUUGCCCAAAUAAAAUCAACGAAAGAAAGUUUCUCAAGUAUUUAUCCCAACAUGGACCUAUUAAUAAUCAUUUCUUCUAUGAAGGCUUUGGUCUCUAUGCUGUUGUAGAAUUUUGCCGAAAGGACAGUGUGUAUUCACUGCAGGGUGGAAUUCAUACUCCAAGCCUGGGCACAGAGGCUGCAAUUCCUUUCAAAUCACGUUUCUUCAAUUUAAAGCUGAAGAAUCCAUCAAGCCAGAUUUCUGAGCAGCCAUGUGUAGAGACAACUAAUCAGUUGCCUCCUUCAAGCAAGAAGCUUUUUGAAAUACUUUAUUAUGCAGAAAGUAUAGAUGAUCAGCUGAACAGUCUCCUGAGGAAAUUCCAGCUAACAGAAGAGAAAAAGCUUCGGUAUCUCACCUGUUCUUUUAUUGAAGACAUAGCAGCUGCCUAUUUCCCAGACUGUACAGUCAGACCCUUUGGCUCCUCAGUGAACACUUUUGGGAAAUUAGGAUGUGAUUUGGACAUGUUUUUAGAUUUAGAUGAAUUUGGAAAAGUCAGCACUAACAAGAACGUUGGAAAUUUUUUGAUGGAAUAUCAAGUGAAAAAUGUUCCUUCAGAAAGAAUUGCAACUCAGAAGAUCCUGUCUGUGAUAGGAGAAUGCCUUGACCACUUAGGCCCUGGUUGUGUGGGUAUACAGAAAAUAUUAAAUGCACGGUGUCCGCUCGUGAGAUUUUCCCACCAGCCCUCUGGAUUUCAAUGUGAUUUGACUACUAACAACAGGAUUGCCUUGAAAAGCUCAGAACUACUUUAUAUCUACGGUGCCCUGGAUUCAAGAGUAAGAGCCUUGGUGUUCAGUGUACGAUGCUGGGCUCGAGCACAUUCAUUAACAAGUAGCAUUCCUGGUGCCUGGAUUACAAAUUUCUCCCUUACAAUGAUGGUCAUCUUUUUCCUCCAGAGAAGAUCACCCCCUAUUCUUCCAACCCUGGAUUCCCUGAAAACCCUAGCAGAUGCUGAAGAUAAAUGUAUAAUAGAAGGCAACAAUUGUACAUUUACUCAUGACUUAAAUAAAAUUAAACCUUCAGGAAAUACAGAAACACUAGAGCUACUACUGAAGGAAUUUUUUGAGUAUUAUGGCAAUUUCGCUUUCAGUAAAAAUUCCAUAAAUAUUCGACAGGGAAAGGAACAGAACAAACCUGAUUCUUCUCCUCUGCACAUUCAGAAUCCUUUUGAAACUUCUCUCAACAUAAGCAAAAAUGUAAGUCAAAGCCAGAUACAAAAAUUUGUAGAUUUGGCCAGAGAAAGUGCCUGGAUUUUAGAACAAGAUAAUAAAAAUGGACCCUCCCCAAGAAUUCGGCCUUGGGGGUUGGCAGCCGUGCUGCUGCCAUCUGUAGUAAACAGCAAGUCUCUCACCACGAAGAAAAGAAAGAAGCCUGGAAGUGAAACAGUCAAGAACUUGUUAGAAUCCAUAAAAAGUAACAGUACAGAAAAUCCUCUGAGCACCAAUGAGAAAAGGACAAUGAGUUCUCAGACAUAAUGGCUGCUUUACGUUAAGAACUGGUUUUUUCCUCUAAAGUGGUGGACUAGCUGGAGGAGCUGGUGUGAAACUUUUACAUGCCUCAACUUUCAUCUGAUGUCAUUUUCCAUGUUACACUCAUUGGCCCCUUUACCUGAUCUGAAGUUCUGGACAUUUUCAUUCUGACUGGUGUGAUCUCCAGGUGGCAUUUUAUUAAAACAUCAAACAAGGAAUGAAUGAAGGAAUGGAUGGAUGGAUGAAGAUUGCAAUGUACUUUAAAUAAAACUACACAAAGUAAAUAGCAACAAAUCAGUUUGAGUAUUAAACCAUUGUUGAUAUCCACAUCAAUCCCUGGCCGUAAAACAUUCAAAAGGAUUUCUAGUUGUAUAGGCAAUAAAUUCAAUAAAGCUUCAGGAUUUGGUAGAACUCUUUAAUAUAUAUUUUUCUGUUUUUCAAGCAAAGUACUUAUAUUCACAUUUAAAUUAAAACAGAUUGGUACUGAUACCCAAAAAUGUUUUAUGUUUUUAAAACAUGUAAAUAUAGAUAUUUCUUUCACUACAUGCAAGUUGUUCUGAGUCAAAUAUAUACAUACUAAUAUAUCGUAUUUUAAAAUAUUAGUUUUUCUGUCUUGACA